AUGCCUCGCCACUUUCCUAACUACAAUAUGACAAUAAGUCCGAAGAAGUUUUCAACAGCACCUAAUGGUCAUAGGAGUCGACUACGUCGAGUUUUAUCGUCAGAUGUCUUUUUAACUCCACCGGAAGCCUUUCUGAAUCCUCAACCACCUCUACCACCUCGGAGGACUAAACGCCUCAGCUUGCUAAGGUAAUUUCAAAAUAAGAUUUUUUGUUUUUUUUUCAAAAAAUAAUUCAAUCUAGCCUUCUGAUUUUCCUCUUUCUUUUGAUUCUCACACGCAUUAACAAGGUUUCAUUUGCGCAAUCGCAAAAAAAAUAUUUAUUCAAGCAGUCUUGACUCAUAAGAAAAAGGAAUAACAGUUUUUUUCAUCGGAUCUUCUGUUUACAAUGUUGAUGAUAGUUAGAAGCCGGCAUUGAUGGAAUUUGGUUUUAGUUUGGGCUUUUGAUUUAGAAGCUUAUAUUUUAUUGUGGUUUUUUUAGUUGGAGCUUUGUUGAAGACAGGGUCAGCACUAGAUGUUCUAAGAACUCUGGAGCUGGCUUUGGCUUCGUGGUGGCUCCAGAUCUAUAA